AAACCCUGUCACAGAUAUCAGGCACAACUGAAAUCAAAAGCUUUGAAUAUCCAAGAAGAAGCAUUAAAACGGGUGUCGCAUGCUACCAAAUCACAAUAAAGCAGCUCUGUCCAACUACACUUCUCUUGUAUUAGACACACAUGAGACUUCAGCUCACUCAAAAAUCAAGAUGAAAAGCAAAAAAAGCAAGAAAACUCGUCCCAAAAAGCUGAAGACUUACAUUCCUGUGGACAAUCAGGAAACAUCACCAGAAGAUCUGCUAAAGACACAUCAGAACAAAAUUCUUCUGGUUGGAAAACCUGGAAUUGGAAAGACAACUGUCACCCAUCAAAUGUUAAACCUCUGGACUGAGACAGAUUCAAAAGAACUGGAUUACAUGUUUUACUUUGACAUGAGAGAGAUGUCACGCAUCACAAAUCCCAUGACUUUGGAAGGUCUUCUCUUUGACCUGUAUUGUAAGCCGGAAAAAAAUAAGACAGAAGUGUUAACGGAUAUUGAGGAGAACUCUGAAAACGUCAUCAUCAUAUUUGAUGGUCUCACAGAUCUCUCUUCUCCCUCGGUGGUAAAAAGACUUGUGGAGAAGGACCUCCUUUGGGACGCUAAGAUAGUGAUCACAUGUCGACCAGAAGUUGCAUCAGAAGAUGUCCUGUCAGAGUGGUCUACUCUGAGAGUGGAGGUGAAAGGCUUCAGUGAUGAGUCCAUCCGAAUGUACUUGAAAAGGAUGCUGAGUGCCAAGCCAGAGUCCAUGAGCAGUGUUUUAAGCAACCUGGAGUUGUUCAGUCUCUGCCAUGUACCAAUGUAUGCGUUUAUGAUUGUUGCGUGUAUAUCUUUCUGCACACAACAGGUUUUGAAACCUCUGUGCACAGUAACAGAGAUGUACAUCCACAUCUUACGCCACUGCAUCCAAAAACAUUGUGACAAAUCCUUAAGGCACCUGGAUACAUGUGUCACUGCGAAUAAGGAAAACAUUUUGUCUUUGGCAGAAAUUGCUUUUACAGCAACACACCAGAAGAUGGUGACUUUUACAGAACUUUGUUGUGAAGAGGGCAAUGUCCAGUUUGCUUUUUUGAGAGGUAUCAUGGUUAGGGAUGCACCCACAGCUAUGGAAAUCUCCAACAUUUCUUCACUACACUGUACAGGAAUUCUUUGCUGCUCUUUGGCUGUUACAGAAUCCAGACAACAUCACUGUGGUCCUUCAGGAGUGCCUGACUGAGGAGAGGAAACACAUGAAACACAUAGUUCCUUUCUUGUGUGGACUUCUGAAUGCAAACCACACUAAAAUGGUCAAGUGUCUGGUACCAGCUGAAAAAAUCAUGACGACGGCAGAUUGGGUCAUCAAGAAACUGGUGGACACAUUUGUUACUCUCCAAACAAACCAAGACAACGAAAAUCUUGAAGAGUCAUGGCCUGAAUGGGAUCUCCAGUUUAUAUGCCAGUGUCUGUAUGAAUCUCAAUCCACUGAGGCCUGUCUGCUUCUAUUGGACAAGCUGGACUAUCAGCUCGACCUGAGUGGAGAGCAUCUGGAUCCUCAUUAUUGUUGUACGGUGGCCUAUGUGAUCAAUCAGUGCAAAGAACGAAAAGUAAGGCUGGAUUUGGAAGAGUGCACUGUGUCAGACCAGGGCCAUAUGCUGUUACUUGGCUGUCUGCAAAAUGUUGAAUCUCUUGGGGCUGACACCUCAAUGCCGUGUCACCUCUGGACAACUUUAUUGGGCUGUGAGGCUGAAAGGGACUUUAUUGGCUUACUGGGUCACUGUAAAAACGAAUUGCAUCUUCCAGCCGUGGGUAAAAAAAGAGUAUUUGAGAGAGCUGGAGCUGUCAUGAAGCAGAGUCCAGAGAGGGUAAACCUCUGUCUGCACUGGGACCACAGCACUCUGCUCAGUGAAGAUCUCAUCCGCACCAUUUUACAGUGUUUGACUCAUAUCAACACACUCAGAUUCACACCAUCACAUAAUCAGGAAAUGUCUCAUGAAGAGUGGAAGAAUAGGGAGAAGAUAUUUAUACUGAAUUUGUGUCUGCAAGCAGCUCUUCAUGACAGAGAGAUCAUAGUGACAACCAUUGGGAGAAUACUAUCUCUGUCAACUCUAUACCACCACCAGGGAUCUGACUUCCUGCUGGACCUGUACUCCCAUGUGAAGUGUGACUAUGAGACUCAAACAGGCAGGAGUGUCUUUUCAGCAUUACAGUCAUUUUACCACUCAGUUGCUCCUGCAGUCUGGUCCAUAGACCUCUCAGUGAGAAAGACUUCCCUCCUCCUAGAAGUGCUGAAACUCCAACCAGAAAAGGAACCAGUAGAGCUGAAGGGCUGGUCAGAUGAAGAGGGUGAAGUGAGGAGUUUCCUCCAGUGUCUGCCCUACAUCUCACAGCUCCGUUUUGAUGAAGACUGGGAUACAAAGAAAGACAUCCCUUGGUUCCUCGUGGAUCUCCUGUCUCAAGCAGCACAGUGGGAGAAGCAGACAGGAGAGAAGACCCUGAAGCUGCUGUCAUCAGUGUGCAGUUAUGAGACUUUCCCCUUCAGGAAUGUGAAUUGUGAUCAAUCUGACUUCCUGCUGGACCUGUACUCCCAUGUGAAGAACUAUGAGACUCAAACAGGCAGGAGUGUCCUUCCAGCAUUACAGUCAGUUUACCAGUCAGCUCCUGCAAUCUGGUUCGUAGACCUCUCAGAGAGAAAAACCUCCAUCUUCCUAGAAGUGCUGAAACUCCAACCAGAGAAGAAACUAGUAGCUCUGAAGGGCUGGUCAGAUGAAGAGAGUGAAGUGAGGAGUUUCCUCCAGUGUCUGCCCUACAUCCCAAUGCUCAGAUUUACACCAUCACAGGAUAAGGGAAUGUCUCCUAAAGAGUGGAAGAAGAAGGAGAAGAUAUUUCUACUGAGUUUAUGUCUGCAAGCAGCUCUUCAUGAGAGAGAGAUCAUAGUGACAACCAUUGGGAGAAUACUAUCUCUGUCAACUCUAUACCACCACCAGGAAUCUGACUUCCUGCUGGACCUGUACUCCCAUGUGAAUGACUAUGAGACUAUAACAGGCAGGAGAGUCCUUCCAGCAUUACAGUCAGUUUACCAGUCAGCUGCUCCUGCAGUCUGGUCUAUAGACCUCUCAGAGAGGAAGGCCUUUAUCCUUCUAGAAGUGCUGAAACUCCAACCAGAGAGGAAACCAGUAGAGCUGAGGGGCUGGUCAGAUGAAGAGAUUGAAGUGUGGAGUUUCCUUCAGUGUCUGCCCUACAUCUCACAGCUCAAAUUCACACAUUCACAGGAUCAGGGAAUAUCUCCUAAAGAGUGGGGGAAGAAGGAGAAGACAUUUCUAUUGAGUUUAUGUCUGCAAGCAGCUCUUCAUGAGAGAGAGAUCAUAGUGACAACCAUUGGGAGAAUACUAUCUCUGUCAACUCUAUACCACCACCAGGAAUCUGACUUCCUGCUGGACCUGUGCUCCCAUGUGAAGGACUAUGAGACUCAAACAGGCAGGAGUGUCCUUCCAGCAUUACAGUCAGUUUACCAGUCAGCUGCUCCUUCAGUCUGGUUCAUAGACCUCUCAGAGAGAAAAGCCUCCAUCCUCCUAGAAGUGCUGAAACUCCAACCAGAGAAGAAACCAGUAGAGCUGAGGGGCUGGUCAGAUGAAGAGAAUGAAGUGAGGAGUUUCCUCCCGUGUCUGCCCUACAUCUCACAGCUCAGUUUUAAUAUAAACUGGGAUCAAAAUGAAAAAAUCGUUAAGUUCCUGGUGGUUCUCCUGUCUCAAGCAACACAAUGGGAGGAUCAGACAAGAGAGAAGACCCUGAAGCUGAUAUCAUCAUUGUGCAGUUACAAGACUUUCCCUUUCAGGGACAUGAUUAAUAAUGAUGAAAAUCAAGAUUAUUAUCAGUCUGACGUCCUGCUGGACCUGUACUCCCAUGUGAAGAACUAUGAGACUCAAACAGGCAGGAGUGUCCUUCCAGCAUUACAGUCAGUUUACCAGUCCGCUGCUCCUGCAGUCUGGUCCAUAGACCUCUCAAAGAGAAAAGCCUCCCUCCUCUUAGAAGUGCUGAAACUCCAACCAGAGAAGAAACCAGUAGAGCUGAUGGGCUGGUCAGAUGUAGAGAGUGAAGUGAGGAGUUUCCUCCCGUGUCUACCCUACAUCUCACAGCUCAGCUGCGAAGAUAUGUGUGAGUUCUUCCAGCAUGUGUGUGAAACCAUACCUGUGAGAUCCAGAGAGGAGGCCCAGCAGCUGGUCCCUCUCGUCCAGGCCUUGAACUUCUCCCUGGUGCUGAGAGGAAGGUUACCCAGAAAAACCUGCAGGUCUGUAGGGAGGGUCCUGGGCCUCUGUGCCUCCACAGUGGAUCUCACCCUAACCCCGAGCCAGAUAUCUCUCAAAGGAGCUGGACUUAUCCUCAAACAUGUGGCACGGUUACACAAGCUCAGACUGAAUGAGUCCAUGGCAGUCCACCUGUCCAGACUGAUGAGGACAGGUAGACUUGCUUCUCAAGUGACCAUUAAGGAGCUCUCCCUGGUGUUAGAGAAAGUCAGCUCAGAAGCAGCUCUGUCCAGGGUUGUGAGCAGUGUGGCGUCCCUGUUGAGAGUCUGGUCAGUUCAGUGUCUGGACCUGACUCAGUCCAGACACACAAUCCAUCCUCACUCUCUCAUCACACUGCUGGACCACCACGGCCCUCUGACACUCAGACUGUGUUCAGAAGCUGUGCAGCAGCUGGCUGUAGUUGUGUAUGAAGCUCAGGACAAGCAGCUGACUCGGUCAUUCCUAGAGAAGCUUGGAGACCUGACCUGUUCUCUGGACUGGAAAGUUCUCCUCUAUUUGAUGCAGAAUUCAACCCAGAACAUCAAAAUUCAGGUGGACCUCAGGAAGCUGAAGCUCUCAGAGAAGAACACCUCAGAUUUUCUAUGCUUUCUAGACAGGAUUGUUAUAAAGAGGCCCAGUACCAGCUUUAUGUUGUCAACCAUCAGAGAGAUGUAUGCGAGUCGUGCCAGUGACCGUGUGUCCAGUUUGUUGUGUUCAGUAAACCAUGUUAUCAACUUGAACACAAGAAAGCUGAACACUGUGGACUGCGCUGCUCUGUGCUUCACCCUCCAACACAGCCGUGCCAGAGUCAAACUCAAGAUGCUGUGGACCUCCGUACCACCGGGGGCGAUUGAAGAAAUUCUGCCUCUUCUGGACAGAGUCUCGCAUCUCAAUGUUGACAGGAGGCUACUGCUGACUUUCCUCCGCUGUAGCGCUGCUUCUCCUGUCCAACAGGGGGCAGUAGCAGCAGCAUAUCUCUCAGCAGAACUGCUCAGGACUCUGCAGUUCAGGCUGGAUCUGUCUUGCUCCUGUGUGGACCUGUCUGAACAGGAGGGAGGAGACCCUCUGUGUGUGAGUGUUGGGGACUGCAGGAACCUCUCCACCGUCCUGAGAGACAGCUACCCCUCCCUCCCAACACACACCCAGCCUCAGCUCAUCCUGAAAGACUGUGAGGUGGAGGACGCAGCCCUGAGGCAUCUGCUUCCCAUUCUGAGAAUGAUCAAGCUCAGUACCAGUAAAGCCUUGUUGCUCCGGCUAAUGGAAGAGUGUGUCACAGGGGCGUCGGCCCCACGCUAUGCUGAUUCCCUCCGUGGUGCCCUGGGUAGGGAGCUGGACCUCAGUGAGACCAGGCUGGACCAGAGGGCCUGUGGGUCUCUGGCCCUGAUUCUGGAACAUUCUGAGGGCCUGUCUGAACUGGACUUGAGUCACUGCCAACUUACAGACCAACACCUGGAGCUCCUGCUUCCACACCUGCACAAAGCACAAGUCCUGGACCUGAGUCACAAUGACAUCACUGAUGCUCUAUCAGACAGAAUAAUCCAACUGGUCUCCAUCAACAGCUCCAUUAGUGCUGUGCGGCUCUUCAAUAACAGGGGUCUGGACAAAGAGCCCUUCCUGACAGACAAGAGGUUUGAUAUCUGGUGAUCCAACUAGAAUCAGGCUGUUUACACUGAAGAACUGCUGGGAAAAUAUAUGUUUGCGUAUUUUCAUAACUCCCUUACCCCAAACCCAUAUUAAAUGGAUAGUAGGGGACACUGUGGAACUCUUAAAACAUAGUUGCACUUUUGUGACUAUUUGCAAACAAUGGGGAAAUAUAUUUAAUUCCCUUUCAUAACAUUUGAAGUUGCGACCUCUUUCAAAAGGUGUCAAAUGUGAGGUGCUACAAAAAAGACAAGAAACUACUUGAAACAAGAAUUAUUUUGUGCAAUGUAUAAUACAUUUAUUGGAUGAAUACUGAAAAAGUAUAACCACCAGAAUAAUUUUUUUUAUGGAUUAAUUAGUCAUAAUGUAACUUCAAUGACAGUAAAAACAUUGUUAAUUCCCUUAGUUGCUUCUAAUGAUAUGAAUAUGUGUCACAACAGUAAGUUUCAGGGAGUUUUCCUUUAGGAUUUUAAGAUGGUUAAAAACCCUUACAAAAAGGUUUGCGAGAAUCUAUGGGCAUCUGUAAAGCCUUCUGUGACAUUGUUUGUAAAAA